AUGCCGCGCGUUCCGUUCGUUGGUAGGCUGUUUUGGGCCGAGUACCUAGCUCUCUUUGCUUCACUCUGCCUUAUAUUUGUUGAGGGAGUCUUACGCUUGAUUACGCUGUGUCUUCCUGAAUCUGUGAUUAGAUUCUUUUACCGGCAAUCAAAGGCGAUCUUUAAUGCCCUUUCGUCACCGCAAAACAGAGGUGUUCGAAGCAAGCAAAGAUCCCAGGCAGAGUCAAUAGCUCAGGCUACCGACUUUGCAGAAUUGUGCGCUCUGUUUGGUUAUGAAGCCGAAGAACACAUAGUUCAAACUGGAGAUGGCUAUCUUCUUGGUCUACAUCGGCUCCCUUACCGGCGAGGCGAGGAAGAAGAAUAUGUCAAUGCUGGGGAAAGUAGCAUUCGAAAGAAGGUCGUCUAUCUUCACCACGGCCUGCUGAUGAACAGCGAAGUGUGGGUGUGCCUAACGGAAGAGCAACGGUGUUUGCCGUUCCAACUUGUUGAAAGAGGCUAUGAUGUCUGGCUGGGCAACAAUCGUGGGAACAAAUACUCAAAAAAGUCUACGAAAUCAUCACCGGCGUCUGUCGACUUCUGGGACUUUUCCAUCGAUGAGUUUGCAUUUCAUGAUAUCCCGAACAGUAUUGAAUAUAUCUUAGAGGUUACCGAGCAACCUUCACUGUCAUAUGUUGGGUUUUCACAAGGAACCGCUCAAGCAUUCGCAGCGUUAUCCAUUCAUCCCACACUAAAUCAGAGAGUUAACGUUUUUGUGGCACUGGCGCCGGCAAUGUCGCCUGCAGGGCUGUACAAUGGUAUUGUGGAUUCGCUAAUGAAAGCAUCACCGCAAGUUGUCUUUCUUGCCUUUGGACGCAGAAGUAUCUUAAGCUCAACUACAAUGUGGCAAGCUAUUUUAUACCCCCCUAUCUUUGUGCGGAUUAUCGACAUUUCACUUCGAAUGCUUUUCAACUGGACAGGUGAAAAUAUCAGCCAGCCACAGAAACUGGCAGCUUAUCCUCAUUUGUAUUCAUUCACGAGCACAAAGUCUGUUGUUCACUGGUUCCAAAUCAUUCGCAACAGAGCGUUUCAAAUGUAUGACGACGAAAUAGGAGGACCGCUGGCCGUCGGCACCAAUAGCCGCUACUACAAACCCGUCAGAUAUCCUACCAAGAAUAUCAAAUCGCCUAUCGUUCUUCUAUAUGGAGGUAGUGACAGUCUUGUCGAUAUUGGAGUCAUGCUCCGCGAACUGCCAAGACGAACUAUCGUCAAAGCAAUCCCUCGAUAUGAGCACCUCGACUUUCUUUGGGCCACAGACGUCGAUCAGCUUGUAUUCCAUCACGUAUAUGAAGCACUUGACCGACAUUCUGGCAGACACUCAACUGUUAGCGGCAUCCCGACCAACUUGCGUGUUGGGAACCAACGCAACGGUGAAGUUGUUGCUAGAAAGGCCAAUAUCCAAGGAAGCUCCAUGACUACUACAUCUAAGAAUAGUCCAAACCCCGCAAUUUCAAACAAUGGUUUACCAAGGGCUUUAAUUCAUCGAGAUGAGGAUGGGCGAAUUAAAUUCGAGCAAGGCAUGGGAGAACAUCGAUUUUGA